CUGCUAUGUAUUCCUUCUUUGUUUUUAUAAGACUUUUCCCUCCACAGUCACCAUUUAACUCAGACCUAUAAAUUCAAUGUCUGGUUCUUGUUUUACUGUUUUUCCUUUCCAUGUCUUCAAAACGGACACGCGUUUCAAUACAGAUAGCUAAAGAGAAGGCACGGAUCAUCAACUUCCACUAUUAUCCAGAGCAAGAAAAACGCAGUGAGAACAAUUCCGUGACGAUGGCAACCAUCUGGCCUCUUCUUCUUCUUCUCUUCUCAGUAAUUUCCACUUCAGAAGCUCAACAAGCUGAGCGAUCCUUUGUCAGGGCAGGCUCUUUGUUAACACCUACGGGUACCAACUCAUCAUGGCUAUCACGUUCCGGUCUAUAUGCCUUUGGGUUCUACGAGCAGGGCAACGGCUAUGCUGUAGGAAUAUUUAUUGCCGGGAUCCGACAGAAGACUGUGGUCUGGACAGCCAACAGAGACAAUCCUCCAGUUCCUGGUGAUGUUAAAUUGAACUUCACAAGCAAUGGACGGCUGGUUCUGCAGACGGCACAAGGCAUGGAGACGGGAAUCGCCGGUAAUACCGAAGGUGCAGCAGCGGCAUCAAUGUUGGAUUCCGGCAACUUUGUUCUCUAUAAUUCAGAUAACAGUACAAUAUGGCAGAGUUUCGACAAACCAACCGACACCUUCUUACCAGGUCAGAAACUCACAACCGAUGAAGUGAUGUUUCCCAGUUAUUCGGCCGCCAACCAAUCAACGGGCAUAUUUUGUCUCAUAAUGCAACAAGAUGGAUGGCUGGCGAUGUACCCGGUUGGAACCCCAUUCACAAUUGAGUAUGGUUAUUGGGGAGCUGGUGUUUCUGGAGAAGGAACUGAUGUGACACUGAAUUUUGAUGCUGAUGGUCGCCUCUACUUGCUCAAUGGCACCGGCAUAUCAAUAGUGAACAUUACAGCGGGAAAUCCAACAAAAGGUGUAAUCUACCGUUUGACACUUGACCCUGACGGGAUCUUGCGUCAUUACUCACACAACAUGGAUCAGAAUGGUGUUUGGAAUGUCACAUGGUCAGGUCCAAAAGACGUGUGUGACCCUAAGGGUCUCUGUGGCAUCAAUGCAUUUUGCGAUCAAGAUGCUGGUUGCGAAUGUCUACCCGGAUUCAAACGUGUUAACCAAGACAGUUGGGCUUCAGGCUGUGAAAGAAAUUUCGAUUCUAAAAGUUGCAAAAGCAACGAGGCAGUUACUGGAUAUACCAUGGAAGCAGAGCUUCAUACCGAAUGGCAUAAUGAUAGCUAUUCUAUCCUAACAUCUUCAACCCAAGACGCCUGUGGAGAAGCAUGUUUGGGGGACUGUAACUGUGAAGCUGCGCUUUACAAAGACGGGGAAUGCAGAAAACAAAGGCUUCCUUUGAAAUUUGGAAGAAGAACACAGGGUGAAUCGAGCUUAGCCCUCAUCAAGGUAGGUACGUCUCCAAUCUCUCCGGAUCCAAGAGUGCCGAAAGAGAGCAAAAAGAAGAAUCGAGUGGACAUUCUGAUUAUUGGCGUUUCAUUGCUUUCAUUUGCAUGCAUUAUCUUGGCAAUUUCUGGAAUUUUAUUUUACAAAUAUCGUGUUUGGCUGUAUAGAAACAUAUCUAACGCUCUUUGAUAUUCCAAAACAUAUCUGACAAACAAGGAACAAUUUGCCUUGAGUGAGAAUGUUGCUCCAAAAUCAUUUAGUUAUGGAGAACUUGAGAUUUGUUUGAGGUGUCGUCGAAUACAAAAUCAAAACAACGAGUAGUCAUUUGUUAUCCUGAAAACAAGUAGCUGAUGAUUUCCAGGAAGUGCCCGAAAAAGGAGGAUCUGGCCGUCAAAAACUUGUAAUUUGGUGCAUCCAAUAUGCUUUGUUUCUUUCUAACUAUUGUUACAACUAUCUGUAUGCCCAUUGCUUAAUAGAUGUUUUCCUUUCUUAAUGUAUUGUAUGUUGGUACAAAGAGGGAUAUAAAAGAAGAGAAUAGUGAAUGAAAAGAGUUUGUUUCGAGAUGCGUUA